AUGAUCUGUCUCCAGCCGGAAGACGAGUGGAAGCUCGAGCAGGGUCUCGCGGCCGCCGAGCUGCCCAUCCGCGACCAGACUCUCCAAGUGGGCCGAUAUAUCGAAGAGGUAGCACUCGAUGAAGAAGUCAUCAAGGAGGUUGAGCAGGCUCGAGAGUACCUUGAUAAAGAAGAUAUCGAUCCAAAUGUGGUAUUUGCCGAAGAACGCGAAGGAUGGCGCGGCUAUAUCGAAUGGGAACAGUAUCCCGAAAAGAAGGCGAUUGCGCACAAGAUCAUGAUCACGCACAAAUUCCCCCAUCCACCGGAGUUCCAGCUCGGUCAUAUUCCCGACACGAAUCCUGUUCUGGAAGGUGUCCGCUGGAAACAGUGGCACAAGGCCAUUGGAGGGCCCCUGACCGCGGUCCCUGAAGAAUCUUGGCUUCGAGUCAUCCAAGAGAAGCACCCGGAAAUGCUCCACCUCUUGCAGUUCCCCUACAACGGCGAACCCCCUAAACGUCUGGUCACCGCCAAACCCAUCACUCCAAACCCCUUGCAUUUCAUCAGAAACCACGGGGGAAUUCCCGAUAUUGAUGCGGACGCGUGGGAGCUCCGACUCGACGGUCUGGUCAAGCAUCCCCGUACUUUUACGUUGAAGGACUUGCAGAACGAAGAAAUCUUCCCGCGCAUGGAGAAACUCGUGACUAUUCAAUGCAGCGGCACGCGUCGUAUCGAACAGAUUCAGAUGUAUGCAGGCGAAGGUGACGAGAUGAUCAAUGCACCCUGGGCGGAAGGAGCAAUCGGCACCGCUCGCUAUGUGGGCGUCUCGCUCAAAAAGGUCAUCAAGCAGUGUGGCGGCAUGGCCGAGGGCGGCAAGCACCUCGAGUUCCACGGGGCGGACACCUACUUCAAGCAGAACGAGGUGAUGAAUUACCUGGUCAGCGUGCCCUGGUCUAAAGUCAAGGCCAACGAGGUCAUGCUCGCCUGGGAAAUGAACGGUGAGCCACUCCCCAAGAUCCACGGAUAUCCUGUCCGCCUGGUUGUCAUGGGCUACAUUGGGGCCCGCUCCGUGAAAUGGGUGUACCGCAUUCGGGCGCUUCCCCACCCCACCCAUGCCCCGGUGCAGAGCAAAGAGUACCUGUACUUCAACCAGCAGGUGGGCAAGCAUAACCAGCUGCCGGUGAUGGGGAUCCAGAUCCAAGAAAUGCCCGUCUCCAGCGCCAUCAUGUCACCCUGGGCCAAGCAGGUGGUGGUGCACGAAGGCAAGAUUGCAUGCAAGGGCUGGGCCUACUCGGGCGGCGGUCGCUGGCCUGAGCGGGUUGAGCUCUCUGCCGACGGCGGCUUCUCGUGGUAUUCGGUGCCCAACGAAAACCUCUCCACCAAACACAAAUGGGCGUGGCGUACCUGGGAAUACGACCUACCCUGCGAUGUCGAGGGAUGGAUCGAGAUCGUGGUGCGCUGCUGGGACAACAGCCUCAACACGCAGCCCCUCGAGGUGCGGAACUCGUGGAAUUGGGGUCUCCAUGUGACGUCGUCGUGCCACCGGGUCAAGAUCUACAGCGUCAACAAGAGCCGGGAGCAGACGAGGAAGAGGAUCGAGGAUUUUGCCAAGAGAGGCGAGUCGCUGGUCCCCAUUACCCGGCCGACCGAGUUCCAGACCAUGACGCCUGAGGAGUAUGACGAGUGGUGGUCAAAACACGAUCCUAGAGACGUGGAUGAAUGA